AUGAUAGUAGCAGGAGACUAUUCAGUAAGCAUGUAUGAAGGGACCGAACAGUUCUUCAUACCCCAGCUCUUAAUACCCCACCCCCAGUACAACAAGAUUACGAACAACGCAGAUAUUAUGCUUAUCAAGCUGAAAGCUCCAGUGUACCUGAAUAGCUAUGUGUCCAUCGCUCCGCUGCCCCGCCAGAGUGCCUCGGUGGCAGAGGGGCAGUUGUGCAGGGUGUCAGGCUGGGGGUUCACCAGCUCUAGUGGGGGACAGAUACCCACCUCCCUGCGCACCGUCAAACUUCCCAUCGUCUCCACAGCCAAAUGCAACAGCAGUGAGUCUUUCAAUGGGAACAUCACAUCCAACAUGAUCUGUGCAGGCUACAGCGCUGGCAGAAAGGACGCGUGUAAGGGAGAUUCUGGGGGCCCACUGGUGUGUGAAGGUCGGAUCUAUGGUGUGGUUUCCUGGGGGAUGGGCUGUGCCGAUGCCAAGUACCCAGGAGUCUACACUGCUGUGUCAAAGUAUCGCAGGUGGAUAGACCGGACCAUAUUCAGCUACUACGGACGCUGCAGCAAGUAUUAGAAUCAAGUGUUUCUGUCUGAAACACUACCCUUAUCUUGAACUUGAAACAUUUCAGAGAGCUUGAUGUGAAACAUGGGGAUAAAAAGUCUCCCAGUUUCAUGUAGUUUUUCAUUACUUUUAUUUGUGUAUAUUAAUUAGAUUUAUAAAAAAAUAGAUAGAAACAUAGAUAAUGGACCAUUCCCAACAUG